CGACUGGGCCUGCUCUUUCCUGGGUGGGGUUUAUGAAGUCGUGGCCCGUUAGCAGGAAGCCGAGCAAUCGCCCUGACGCUAGAGAGGCACCUAGUCCAAGUCUCCGGCCUGUGAGCCGUGUGUAUUGCGUGCCCAUCGCUGCCUGACAUCUCCCAGCCAAACUUCACCAACUCCGCCGCUGUAACCACCACUAUGCCCAAGACGAUCAAUGUGCGUGUGACCACCAUGGAUGCAGAACUGGAGUUUGCCAUCCAGCCCAACACCACCGGCAAGCAACUGUUUGACCAGGUGGUGAAAACUAUUGGCUUGAGGGAAGUUUGGUUCUUUGGUCUGCAGUACCAGGACACUAAGGGUUUCUCUACCUGGCUGAAACUCAAUAAGAAGGUGAUCGCCCAGGAUGUACGCAAGGAAAGUCCUCUGCUGUUCAAGUUCCGGGCCAAAUUUUACCCUGAGGAUGUAUCUGAGGAAUUGAUCCAGGAUAUCACUCAGCGCCUGUUCUUCCUGCAAGUGAAAGAGGGCAUUCUCAAUGAUGAUAUUUACUGCCCCCCUGAGACUGCUGUGCUGCUGGCUUCUUAUGCUGUUCAGUCCAAGUAUGGUGACUUCAGUAAGGAGGUGCAUAAGACAGGCUACUUAACUGGUGACAAGUUGCUGCCCCAGAGGGUUCUAGAGCAGCACAAACUCAACAAGGACCAGUGGGAGGAGCGGAUCCAGGUUUGGCAUGAGGAGCACCGAGGCAUGCUCAGGGAGGAUGCUGUCCUGGAGUAUCUGAAGAUUGCUCAGGACCUGGAGAUGUACGGUGUGAACUACUUCAGCAUCAAGAAUAAGAAAGGCUCAGAGUUGUGGCUGGGGGUCGAUGCUCUGGGUCUCAACAUCUAUGAGCAGAAUGAUAGAUUAACUCCCAAGAUAGGUUUUCCUUGGAGUGAAAUCAGGAACAUCUCUUUCAAUGACAAGAAAUUUGUCAUCAAACCUAUUGACAAAAAAGCUCCGGACUUUGUCUUCUAUGCUCCCCGGCUUCGGAUUAACAAGCGCAUCUUAGCCCUGUGCAUGGGAAACCAUGAGCUAUACAUGCGUCGUCGCAAACCUGACACCAUUGAGGUUCAGCAGAUGAAGGCACAGGCCCGGGAGGAGAAGCACCAGAAGCAAAUGGAGCGUGCUCUACUGGAAAAUGAGAAGAAGAAGCGUGAGAUGGCAGAAAAAGAGAAAGAGAAGAUUGAACGGGAAAAGGAGGAACUGAUGGAGAGGCUGAAGCAGAUUGAGGAACAGACUAAAAAGGCUCAGGAAGAACUGGAAGAACAAACUCGCAGGGCCCUGGAACUUGAGCAAGAGAGGAAGCAUGCCCAGAAUGAGGCUGAAAAGCUGGCCAAGGAGCGCCAAGAAGCUGAAGAGGCCAAGAAGGCCUUGCUGCAGGCCUCUCAGGACCAGAAGAAAACCCAGGAGCAGCUGGCCUUGGAAAUGUCAGAGCUAACAGCUCGGAUCUCCCAGCUGGAGAUGGCCCGGCAGAAGAAGGAGAGUGAGGCUGUGGAGUGGCAACAAAAAGCUCAGAUGGUACAAAAGGACUUAGAAAAGACCCGUGCUGAGCUGAAGACUGCCAUGAGUACACCUCAUGUAGCAGAACCUGCUGAGAAUGAACAGGAUGAGCAGGAUGAGAAUGGGGCAGAGGCCAGUGCUGAUCUGCGGGCUGAUGCCAUGACCAAGGACCGUAGUGAGGAGGAGCGUACAACUGAGGCGGAGAAGAAUGAACGUGUGCAGAAACACCUGAAGGCUCUUACUUCAGAACUGGCCAAUGCCCGUGAUGAUUCUAAGAAGACUGCCAAUGAUAUGAUCCAUGCUGAGAACAUGAGGCUGGGCCGAGACAAAUACAAGACCCUACGCCAAAUCCGACAGGGAAACACCAAGCAGCGCAUUGAUGAGUUUGAGUCAAUGUAGUAGGCACCUAGCCUCUAGAGUCCCUUCCUUUCUUUUUCCUUGCCCCCAUACUCCU